AUGGAUAUUCCUGGAGAACCUUCUCCUGAGUGCAGAAAGAAAUUGGCUCUCGGUUUGUUUUAUAAGUUUAUCCUAAACAUAGCUCCUGCCGGCAGAGCGAACUCAAGAUUCUCAACAGGUGGUUCACUCUUUAAAAGAGCAGUGUCCCGAGGCAAGGAGGACUAUCAAACCGAUAAGUCGUUGUUCCCUUUGAACCAGCCAGUUAACAAGUUGGAAGGUAUCAUACAAGCCAGUGGGGAAGCUACGUACACCAAUGAUAUACCUCCGAUCCCUCGGGAAGUGUUCGGUGCGUUCGUCUUGUCGACGAUACACAAAGGAACCGUUGACAGUAUUGAUAUUGAAGGCGCCUUGAAAAUGGAUGGCGUAGUCGCAAUAUUCUCUCCCAAGGACAUUCCCGGCGUCAAUUCCUUUACCGUCCCUGGCCUGCCUUUACAAACUGAAGACGAAGAGAUUCUUGCAGAUGAAGUCAAAUUCUACGGUCAACCUAUAGCCAUCCUGGUAGCAGAAACUGAGAAAUUAGCAGACACUUUGGCUAAGAAAGUCAAAGUUACUUACAAGAAUGUUAGUUCAUCUUCACCAGUGCUUACAAUAGAUGAUGCAAAGAAAGAUAGCAAGAGAUACGUUGGAGGAGGACCGUCUAUUGAAAGAGUUUCUAGAGGGAAUAAAACUACGAAGAUUAUAAAGGGUAUUUACAAUAUAGAAGCUCAAUACCCCUACUAUAUAGAACCUAUAACAUGUGUUGUAGUACCAGUAGAUGAUAAGCUAGAGGUGUAUGACUCGACGCAGUGGAUGGAUCUGACGCAGAAUGCUAUUGCACGGUCUUUGGGGAUUAAAGAAAGCGAUAUCCUGUUACAAGUUCGUCGAGUGGGUGGUGCUUUUGGAGGCAAAGUGAGUCGUAAUACGCAAGCAGCUACAGCAUGUGCUCUUGUCGCUAAGAAAUUGGACCGGCCCUGUAGAUUCAUACUCCCACUGCAAACUAACUUAAGCGCAACUGGAAGGAGAUUGCCGUGUCAAUGCGAUUAUGAGGUUGGAGUCGAUGAUGACGGGAAAAUCCAGUACUUGAACGCCACCAUCAUUGAAGACAAUGGUUGCUCCAACAAUGAAGAUAUGCUUGAGUAUAGUGUGGGUGCUUUCUCUAACUGUUACAAUAAAGACACGUGGUCAGUCAAAUCUGCGACGGUUACCACUGACACUCCCUCUAACACUUGGGUUCGAGGGCCAGGCACAGUCGAAGGCAUCACAUGCAUAGAACACAUCAUGCAACACAUUGCAUUCGCAGUAAACAAGGACCCUACUGCUGUUCGCCAAAUAAACAUGAGAUCAGAAGAUAAUGAUCUUCCAGACUUGAUCGAAUCCUAUAAAAGGAAGUAGACUAUGAUAGAAGAGCUAAAGCGAUUGAACAAUUUAAUCAAACUAAUAGAUGGAUGAAAAAAGCCAUAUCCAUCAACGUCAUGAGCUGGCCAGUGAUCUAUUAUGGAAAUUAUUCCGCACUAGUGUCAAUAUACAGAGGUGACGGUACAGUUACUAUUUCCACUGGGGGCGUAGAAAUGGGGCAAGGAAUAAAUACCAAAUGCGCUCAAGUUUGCGCUCACGAACUUGGAGUACCUCUCGAAUACGUCAAAAUUGUUCCCAAUCACUCAUUUGUGGCUGCGAACAAUGUUUUCUCUGGAUCUAGUAUCACUACUGAGAGUUGUGCCUAUUCUAUUAUAAGAGCUUGUGAAAAGUUAAAGGCAAAUUUGGCUCCGAUAAGAGAACGCAUGCCAGGAGCCACAUGGAAGGAAAUUAUUCAGAAAGCAGGCGAAGAGCAAGUUGAACUGACCUCCUUGUUCAUGAUGAGGACACUGAUGAGAACCUGAAACCUUACAGUGCAUUUGCUGUAGCUAUCAUUGAGGUAUUGCUGGAUGUGACCACUGGGCGAUAUCAAAUUGAUCGUGCAGACAUUCUGGAAGAUGUUGGCAUGAGCAUAAAUCAGAAAUUGGAUAUUGGGCAGGUACAAGGUGCAUACGUACAAGGCAUGGGCUACUAUACGUGUGAGAAGAUAGCUUAUGACAAGAAGACGGGCAAGAUGGAGACGAACCGUUCCCUCAAAUACCAUGUCCCUCUUGCCUUAGACACGCCUGUAGAGUAUAAUGUCAAAUUGAGGUACAACAGCAAGAACCCGAAGGGCGUCCUUGGAUCUAAAACGUGUGGUGAGAUGGGUGUUGGUAUAGCUCAUGGAAUAACGCACGCGCUGCGCCAAUGCAUCAUGGAGUCAAGAAAGGACUCUGGAUACGAUCCCAACGAAUUCAUCUAUAUACCGGUGCCAUACGAUACUGAAACGAUACUGAAGGCUUUGGAUGUGAAACUCGAAGAGUUCGUUCUUAGUUCAUAA